GCUCCCGUGCUGGUCCUGGCUCGUCCGAGUGCGUGAGGCGCCAUUUCGUGUCCACUACAGACUCCAAGGUGAUAUGUUCCUGCAUAGCGGAUACGCAACCUUUUACUCAUUUUAUUGUUGAGCUCGUGUUUUUGAAGCCACUUUUUUGAACAACAACAAAUCACUCAGACAGGCAGGCAGACCUCCACCGACCAGAGUACAGACACAAUGGAUCUUAUGGCAAGCAACGUGACCAACAAGACCGACCCGCGGUCCCUCAACUCCCGAGUGUUCAUCGGAAACCUCAACACCCUGCUGGUCACCAAGGCCGACGUGGAGGCCAUCUUCUCCAAGUAUGGCAAGAUUGUUGGCUGCUCCGUUCACAAGGGUUACGCCUUUGUGCAGUACUCCAACGAGAGGACUGCUCGCACGGCGGUGGCAAGCGAAGAUGGCCGCAUGAUUGUGGGACAAGUGUUGGACAUUAAUUUAGCUGGUGAGCCCAAACCCAACAGAUCCAAGUCUCUGAAGCGCUCUGCGGGGGACAUGUACAGUCCCUCUAUGGACCUGGACUAUGACAUCCAGAGAGAUUACUAUGAAAGAAUGUACUCGUACCCAUCCAGAGUCCCGCCUCCUCCACCCCACCUCCCCAUGCCACGCGCUGUCAUCCCCAGCAAGCGUUCCUUAGUCAGUGCAAGUGUGAGCAGACGACCCAAAACUAGCUCCUCAUCCUCCUCCAGGACCAGCCAGAGGACGUCACGCUCAAUGAAGGUGGAUGACUUGCAGUCUGUCAAGAGAGAGCUCACCCAGAUCAAACACAAGGUGGAUUACCUGCUGGACAGUCUGGAGCGCAUGGAGAAGGAGCACAGCAAGAAGUCAGAUAUGAAGAGCUCCAAAUCGGAGCCAGGAGAGCUGUCUUCACUCCACUCCUCCAACUCCAGCAAGAAGGACGACAAAGAGGACAGGGAGAACCUGAUCGACACAGAGGAAGAGGGCGACCUGCUCGAGGACGAUGAUGAGGAUAAACUCAGAGGAAGGGAGGAUUACGAGCAAGAGGAGGGCGAAGACGACGGUGACAGUGCCAAUGACGAACCAUAAACCAUUUUAAUGUGCCCCAAUGAUGAGUUUGAGUUCUUCUUCACACCGCACAAUUCUGGAUUGUGUUGGCUUUUCUGUAACAUAUUACUGUAGAUAAUUCACUUGCCCAUGUUUUUUUCUUCUUCUUUCUACUCUGUGAUGAACACGGCAAGCUAGAUUUAAGCAUAAUUUCUUCCUUUCACCUACAAUUGUGUAUUUUUAUGUGAAGGCUGUGGCUAUUUCCAGUCUUGUUUAUUGUAAUAAUAUAUAAAUAAAUCAAUCAAUCAUAAAU